AUCAAUUGGUCGCAAUACAUCCCACUUUCUACUCCAUCAUAAUAAUAAUAAGUCUAUCUCUUUGCACAUAUCAUCUAUUCCAGUAAUAUCACAAUGCGCAUCUAGUCUUUCUGCGAAUAUCGAUAUAAUAAUCCACAAUGGCAACCACGGUUCACGAGACUCCGGAAUGGGAGACGCCAACACUCAAACAAUCCUUCCUCGGCAAAUAUAAUAUCUUUUCGAAACCAGAAUCAACCCUUCCUACCACGAAAGAGGGAUCUUCGGAUUCAUCGGGAGAUGCUCUCGCGACAGAAACCUUUAGAAAACCUACAUUAAUUGAACGAUUCAAUAAUGUAUUGCCUGCGAAUCGCACAUACUUUGGACGGAGUCGCAAGAUGCUUUUGUUGAUUGUAGGAGCGAUUAUAUUAUUACUUGCAUUGAUCCUGGGACUGGGUCUUGGUCUUGGCUUGAAGCAUUCAUCGUCGAAAGCAUUGCCUCUUCCAUCAAAUGGCGGCAUAUUCACAGGAGAUCUCACAUACUAUGCACCAGGUCUCGGCGCAUGUGGAAUUACAUCCUCAUCAUCUGAAUCCAUCUGCGCCGUCUCCCACAUCAUCUUCGAUGCCGCUUCAACAAGUUCCAACCCCAAUGCCAAUCCUCUCUGUGGGAAAAAGAUCAGAAUCACUCGACAGAAAGAUUCGGGAAGCGGAAACAGUACUGUUGACGUAACGGUUGUUGAUAGAUGUGUUGGAUGUAAAGCUGAGGAUUUGGACUUGAGCAUAACAGUUUUCGAAAAGUUGGCAUUGGAAGCAGAGGGCAGAGUUACUGGAAGCUGGGCUUGGUUAUAGUGAACUACAAUGCGAGACCAGUUUUGAGCGAUGCCAUUUGAUAUUAGAAUACCCCAGAUGUUCUUCUUGUUCUUUUUAGCGGGGGUCUAGUAUACGAUUCAUGAUGGAUAUUGUGAUUUUAAUCUGGCUGCGGAGAUACCCUUGGUUUCGGUAGGCAUUGAAUCACAAUAUUGUGAUGAGAUAUUCUAGUGGAUACAUGAUAAUAUGAUUGGCGAAAUCUGGAGCUUUCAACGAGUUUCGUCUCAUCGUCAGCACUUUCAGAUUUCCCACGUCUCCUUAGAUCCAGUGAGAAGAACACAGCGAUAUAUUUGAAGGAGUUCUAUGCACUGUUGAUAGGUAUAAAUCACAUCACAGAUCUCUCGAUGUUAUAAAGGUAAAGCAAUAGUUUUGCAGUCUUUAACUUGAAGCGAAUCUAGUUGGAUGUUAGUAUUGUUUCACCCGUGAGAGAUGAUGAGAUGACGGAGAAUGAGUAGAGGAGAUGGCAAGAGUUUAGAUUGGAAAUGAAGAGGGGUGUGAAACGAGAAGCAUCGAUUGGCAUGGUUGCUGAGGAGGAGAGCUUCAGUAGGAGGCUUUGUGUUAUGUAGCUUCUACAUUUUCCACUUCAAGAUUACUAUGAUAGAGAAGGGAGGAUGAAGCUUAUCAAGGACUCAGGAAUGCGAGUAGAACUAGGAUAGUCAUUGGAAGGUUACGGGCAUAGAUAGUGAGAAAGUAUGCAGAAGUAUACUUCAUGAUCAUUACUUUUCCAGCUGUGAAUUCAUCGGCUCAACUUCAUGA